AUAAAAAUUUUGAAAUCGACGCGUGCCGCGUACUUCACCUGACAGAAAAUGGCUGACUUAUAGGUGUUUAACUGGUUGCAUAUGGGAUGCAUUCAACACCUAGCGCCAUCUAGUUCAGCAGCGCUAAUUAAUUUCUUGAAAAUAUUUGGCCUAUAAAGAUUCAGGCCCCUGAUUUGUAUUUUUUGUAAUCAUUUUAGCUUGGGCUUGUGCUGUGCUUUUUUAAAUAUAAUCAGCCUUAUUUUAUAACUAAAAUAGUAAAUCUUUACAAAAUGAAGACUCGAUUUAAUACGUAUGACAUAGUUUGUGUUGUCACGGAAUUACAAAGACUUAUAGGAAUGCGAGUUAACAACAUUUACGAUAUAGAUAACAGGACAUAUCUAAUUAGAUUUCAAAGAAACGAAGAAAAGCAAGUAUUAUUGCUCGAGUCUGGAAACAGAAUUCAUACAACUAAUUUUGAAUGGCCUAAGAAUGUUGCACCGUCAGGAUUUAGUAUGAAGUUGAGGAAACACUUAAGAAACAAGAGAAUAGAAAGUCUUGCACAAUUAGGGACUGAUCGUAUUAUAGAUAUGCAAUUUGGUAGCGGUGAAGCUGCAUACCAUGUGAUAUUAGAACUUUAUGAUAGAGGUAACAUAGUAUUAACUGAUUAUGAGAUGACUAUUUUAUAUGUGCUGAGACCUCACACUGAAGGAGAUAAAGUAAAAUUUGCUGUUAGAGAAAAGUACCCUCAGAAUAGAGCAAGAGAGAUAGAGGAUGUUACAAAAGAGAAAAUUGUUGAAAUUCUGGAAAAAGGAAAGGUGGGAGAUCAAGUUAAAAAAGUUCUACUCUCAAAUUUAGAAUAUGGUCCAGCACUUAUUGAACAUGUUUUGGUAAAGAAAGGUAUUCCAAACUCAGCAAAAAUUGGAAAGACAUUUGAUAUUAGUCAAGAUAUUGAUAAAGUUGUUGAGGCUAUAAAAGAAGCAUAUAUUAUUUUUAAAAAUGCUCAAAAUGAAUCUUCUAAAGGCUAUAUAAUACAAAAGAAGGAAGAAAGGCAAACAAGUGAUAUAUCAAACCAGGUGGCAGAUUUUUAUUCUAAUCAGGAAUUCCACCCAAUGCUUUUUGAACAGCAUAUAAAAUUACCACAUAAAGAAUUUGAAACAUUUUCUCUUGCUGUAGAUGAAUUUUUUUCAACAUUGGAAAGCCAAAAAUUAGAGCUUAAAGCUGUACAGCAAGAAAGGGAUGCACUAAAAAAGCUUGAAAAUGUUAGGAAAGAUCACAACCAACGUUUGAAAGCACUAGAAGAAUUGCAAGAAGUUGACAAGCAGAAAGCAGAACUGAUUACCAGAAAUCAGGAACUUGUAGAAAGAGCAAUACUUUCUAUUCAAAUGUUACUAGCAAACCAAUUAUCAUGGGAAGAUAUAAAUGACUUGGUAAAAGAUGCUAUUUCAAAUGGGGACCCCAUAGCGAGUGCAAUUAAAGAACUAAAAUUGGAAAUUAACCAUAUUAGUUUGUUUUUAACCGAUCCUUAUGCAGAACCCACUGACAGUGACGCUUCAGAUGAAGAAAAUGACAAUAAAAUUCCAUCUAUGAUUGUUGAUGUUGAUUUGGCACUUUCAGCUUUUGCUAACGCUAGAAGAUACUACGACCAGAAAAGAACGGCAGCAAAAAAACAGCAAAAGACUAUUGAGUCUCAAACAAAGGCGUUAAAGUCGGCAGAGAGAAAAACAAAGCAAACUCUAAAAGAAGUGCAAACUAUUACAAAUAUAAAUAAGGCCAGAAAAGUUUAUUGGUUUGAAAAGUUUUACUGGUUUAUUAGUUCAGAGAAUUAUUUGAUUAUAGCAGGACGUGAUCAACAGCAAAAUGAGUUAAUAGUAAAAAGGUACAUGAGGUCAACUGAUAUUUACGUUCAUGCAGACAUUCAUGGUGCUAGCAGCGUCAUAAUUAAGAAUCCCGCAGGGUUGCCAGUUCCACCAAAAACCUUAAACGAAGCUGGAACAAUGGCUAUUUGUUAUAGUGUGGCUUGGGAUGCUAAGGUUGUUACAAAUGCAUAUUGGGUCUGGGGCGAUCAAGUGAGCAAGACUGCACCUACAGGAGAAUAUCUAACAACAGGUAGCUUUAUGGUUAGAGGCAAGAAGAAUUUUCUACCCCCUUCACAUUUAAUUUUGGGUCUGAGUUUCUUGUUCAGGCUAGAAGAUGGUUGUGUUGAAAAACAUUUAGGAGAACGGAAAGUAGUUGCACAAGAUGACAACCUGAGCAUUCAAGAAUCUUUGAACGAAGAAGAAGUUGAAGUAGAAGUCUUGGAUGAAAGCGAUGAGGACGAACUGACAAAGAAAGAAAAAGACCUUAAAUCAAAUGAAGCUUCCCAAGAUUUAAGUAACAUCAACCAGGAGAUUGUUGAAUCCGUGAAUGAUGAAAUCAAAAGUAAAGGGAAUGAAGAUAAUGUCAAAGAGGAUGAUGAAAAUAUUGAAGAGAACGAAGAAAAUUCGUCAGACAGCGAAGAGGAUUCGAAAUUUCCUGACACACAUAUCAAAAUUCAACAUUUCGGUGGCACCAAACAUUUAGUUACUGAGUCUGUGGUAAAACAAGAAGAAAGUGAUGAAGAUAACAAAGACAACGUUAUAUACUUGGGUGACGAUAAACCUAUCAUUCUAAAACCUUCAAAUAAAAAAUCUAGAAGCAGAGGAGUUAGUGAAUCCAGUAACAAAGAAAGAUAUAGUAGACAAGGAAGUAAUGAUACUCAAACCCACAAACAACAGCAAACUAAGAGAGGCCAGAAGAGUAAACUGAAAAAAAUCAAAGAAAAAUACAGAGAUCAGGAUGAAGAAGAAAGGCAAUUGAGAAUGGACAUUUUACAGUCAUCCGGGUCCCACAAAGAGACGAAAAAGAACAAGAAGGAUAAAGAACUACAUUCGAAAAAUGUUAAAAGAGAACCUAGAAUACCCAAGGUACAAGAACCAAAAGAACCAAAUGAAGUAGAUGAAGAAGAACCUGCUGUUCAAGCAAACGUGGAUAUGAUUGACACACUUACUGGAAUUCCUUUAGAAGAUGACGAGUUAUUAUUUGCUGUGCCUGUUAUCGCUCCUUACAACACUUUGUCCAGUUACAAAUUUAAAGUAAAAUUAACACCGGGAACUGCAAAACGAGGUAAAGCAGCCAGAACAGCUGUAUCAAUGUUUCUGAAGGACCGUAGCAUCACUUCCAGGGAAAAAGACCUCUUGAAGGCUGUCAAGGACGAACAGUUGGCUAGAAAUCUACCGGGAAAAGUGAAAUUAUCAGCACCAAAACUACAGAUGCUUAGAAAAUAAGAUUUAUUUAUAUUUUUUUUAUUACUGUCAUAAUAUGUUGUUUUUUCGUUACGCGUAUUUAAUAUUUGUAUAAAUUAAUAUUUUGAAAAUAAAAAGUUGUUUGUUGAAUAUUUA